AUGGACAGAAUAUCCGAGUUGUCAAACGACAUUUUGCAGAGAAUACUUUCUCUCCUCUCCCAAGAAGAUGCUGUUCGAACAUCUGUCUUGUCCAAAUCAUGGCGUGACAUCUGGUGUACUCGUCCCAAUCUUGAUUUGUCAGACACAAACUUCAAACACGAAUUUCUAUCCACCGUUGACAAGACUUUACAGCGAUACUCUGAUCAAAAGAUUUGCUUAGAGAAAUUUCAACUUUCUAUGUCUCUAUACUAUUCGCAUUCAGAACUUAAAUCCGUUUGGUUUCUUGAAAAGUGGAUCCGAGCACUAACAAACAUGGGUGUGAAGGAGUUUCGUCUUUCUAUUUAUUCGAAAGACAGUCGUCGGAGACGGAGACGUGUUAAACUGCCCUCUGUAGUCUUUGAGGCAGAAUUUCUCGAAGAUUUGCAUGUUGAAGGAUUCAUGUUCGACCGAACCACUAUUGAAAGGAAUAUUCUCUCUAACCAUCUGAAAAAACUUCAUCUCGAAAAGGUCCACAUUGAGGACCGGAUUUUUCAGAAGAUAAUCUCAAGCUGCCCUUUGAUUGAAACUAUGAUUCUCAAAUCAUGCAAGAGGUUAAUAAACAUCAAGGCAAAUAAUCUUCGUCAUCUCAAGCACUUUACUUUUUCAUCUUCUUGUCACGACGAAGAAUGUAGCAUAGAAAUCUAUCCGCCAUCUCUUGAAACCAUCCGUAUUACUCGGGGUAUUAUUUUGUUUCAAAAAGGUGCGGAGUUUUGUAAUCUCAGUAGUUUAUCUCUGAGGGAGGUUCUAAUUUCGUCGUGUUCUUCGUGUCGAUUCCCAAGUCUAACAAACUUGGAUAUUUUUUAUUGUGAUGGACUCGAAGAAUCCAUAGAAGAAUCCCAGCUAUUUAUUGAUGCACCAAACAUAGACUCUUUUGUAUAUCACGGAUUUGAUAUCCCGUCCAUCUCGUUUUCAACGACUUCCAGAGAGUGGAGUUCAACUUUACGUUUUCUCUUUAGGGAUGAUCCUUCUUUGUGGUUACUCAAGCUACGUAAACUGCUCGAGUCGUUAAGCCGAUCUGAAAUUUCUCUCGGUAUUAGCCAGCAUUACAUUAAUGCUGAGGACAUAUUUAAAGAAAACCAUGAUCUGGUACAAGAUAUUAAAGAUGAAAAUAAAGCUGCAGUUGUGGUGGAAGAGUUGAAAUUGCAAGGUGAUUUAUCUUACUUUUUACCUGUUUCGAAUGGGUUGUUUUCCAUUUGUCGUCCAAGAAAGAUCGGCAAUGUCAGCUACACGGACGCCGAGUCGGUGUUGAAGAAUCUAAUGCAGAGAGAAGGUGGAAACCAAGAUGAAUUAAGACAGCUGUGGCUGCCGGAUUUGGAGGAAGUAAGCUUGGAGAUUUACGACAGGAAUCGAAGAGAAUGGGAUCCGACAAGUUUGUCAGAUUUGCCUGAAUACGAGGAAGGGAAACAUAUCUCUACUCGCAUUGCAUUGAAAUGGAGACAAAAUUAG